UAUCUCCACACUGCCUACCGGCAAGAGCCCUACAAGAAUCCAUCUUCCAGCCCCAGGAGCCCUGGAGAAACUGAUCAGGCAGCAACAGGCAGGAUUUUGUUGCAGGCAAACAAAACAGCUAAUCCCAUUCGGAGAACUUCAGAUCAAGAGAGAGAGAAAUAAAGAGAGGAAGGAUCGGACUGAGAAACCCCCAUGGCUGCUGCCUAUCCGAUUUUCUGGAUUUUUUUAAACUGUUAUUUUCCUUAGUAUUUUAUUUUAUAUUAUCAUUGUGCGAAAGGGCAGGCGGAGAGAGGGAAGUGGAUCUGGUGGUAGAAGAUUCAAAGGGAUUGUGCCACUAUCAAAGCACCUGUGCGUGCGAGCGAGUCGCCGGUCACCUGGCUUACAGCAUUGGAGACCUGGGAGUCAGAGGAAGAAUCCGUUUUUCUCUGGUUUUGUCUUGCACGGAGGUCGCCUGGGCUGGGCAGAGCUGAUGAGUAAAUGAGAAACCAAGUCAGCGUCUCUCCUGAGCGGAAAUAGCCAAAGAGGCAGGAGACUUGAGGCAGAGCGUGGGAGCGCUUUGUGGAGAAGCCAGGCCAGCCGGAGGAGGGAGACGGGGGAACCACUGCUGUGUCUAACGCAAGGAGGGGAAAAAAAGCUAAGUUAUUUAAAAACUGGGAACUAAUUAACUCCUUAUUUAUUGUCAGGGACUAGCGUUCACUGUUUGCCGGGGCUAUGGCUCUCUCCCAGGUGCAGUGUCUGGAUGACAGUCAUGUCAACUGGAGAUCCAGCGAGUCCAAGCCGGAGUUCUUCUAUAGUGAGGAGCAGAGACUGGCUUUGGAAGCCCUGGUCUCGAAGGGGCCGGAGGCCUUCUACGAGGUCCUCAAGAAAGAGAAAAUCCGGGACUUCCUCUCCGAGCUGGAGCUUAAAAAGAUCAUGGAGUCGCUGGAAACGUACGACCCGGGUUCGGAGUAUAUCCCACGCCAUGGGGGCGGGGACAGCGACGGGGACUGCACCAGCCAAGGGGGCGAGGGCGAGUUGGCACCCUCCUUGGAGUACUGGCCCCAGAGAUCCGACCGCUCCAUCCCGCAGCUGGACCUGGGCUGGCCCGAGACCGCCGCCUACAGGGGGGUCACCAGGGCCGUGGUGUACAUGCAGCCGCCCAUCGACGGGCAAACGCACAUCAAGGAGGUGGUCAGGAAGAUGAUUGUCCAGGCUCAGAAGGUCGUGGCUGUGGUCAUGGACAUGUUCACGGACGUUGACAUCUUCAAGGACCUCCUGGAAGCAGGCUUCAAGCGGAAAGUUGGCGUCUACAUCAUUGUAGAUGAGACCAAUGUGAAAUACUUCCUUCAGAUGUGCGAGCGAGCACAGAUGCACACCGGGCACCUGAAGAAUCUCCGCGUUCGCACCACGGGGGGAACGGAAUUUUUCACCCGUUCGGCCACGAGGUUCAAAGGUGCCUUGGCCCAGAAGUUCAUGUUCGUGGACGGUGACCGGGCUAUGUGCGGGUCCUACAGCUUCACCUGGUCGGCAGCCAGGACCGACAGGAACCUCAUCUCGGUCCUCUCUGGCCAGGUGGUGGAAGCGUUCGACAAGCAGUUCCAGGAGCUGUAUCUCAUGUCCCGGGGGCUCAGCCUGAAGUCCAUUCCCAUGGACGAGGAGCCGGAACCCGAGCCGUUCACUCUGCCCUCCGUCACGCCCGUCGCCCCGGCCAACGCAGUGGUGAAGAGGCUGAUUAACCCAAAAUAUGCCCUGGUGAAGGCCAAGAGCGCAGAACUGAUCAGCAAGAUGUCGUCCGACAGGCAGGCGGGCGCCAGCAGAAACAAGAUGAUGGACAGCAAAGACAAGGCCCUUCCCGAGGGCCAAGGUGCCGAGCGGCAAAACGACAUGGCCGACCUAGCCCCACCCAUCCACCCCGGCCUCCUCAACAUGGAGAAGGCCAACAUGUUCGACUACCUGCCCACUUGGGUGGAGCCAGACCCAGACCCAAGCGAAAUCUUGGGGUACAUCAACAUCAUCGACCCCACAAUAAAGAAUGUGAAGCUGUCCCAAAUGAACCGCAUCAAGGUCUGUGACAUCUCCCAGGCCAAUGCCCAGCACAGGCAGAUGCUAAAAAACAAGGAGUCGGAAGCCAAGAAAAGCCAAGAGCCUUCUCCAGCCAGCCGGGAGCAAAGAGAGGCCCCUCCGACCCCAAUCAAGGAACCUCCCAAGCCAGUAGAAAGCCCCAAAGCAAGGAGUCCUGGGGAGGACAAGAAAGGAGCUUUGGCUAUCCUGGCUGUGAGCCAGCACCUGAAGCAGCCCACGGCCGCAGAGACGCACAAAAUGGAUGUCAAGCCCCCAGUGCCAAGGCCGAGGACGGUUGACGUCGUGGACUUUAUCUCCAAAAACAGCGCGCUCUGCAGAGACACGGCUGCCCUGCUCGGAGACGCCAAGAAGCAGCUGCACCAGGUGGCAGAGCAAGCGAAUGCAGAUCACGGGCCGGGUGAAAACCGCACACAAGCUCAAGCCGCGGCCAGCGAUCACCGGCUGAGGAGGCAGGCGGCCGUAUCCCCGGAAGCUCAGGGCACGGCAGCCGUGUGUCCCGUGAACGGGCUGGAAGGGGAGGAAGAUGAAGAGGACUAUUUGACGCUCAGCGAUCAGGAGAGCUAUUCUAGCAGUUCUGCCACCCACAGCUACCACCACUCCAACGCCUCCUCCACCUCGGACGAACUCUUUGAGGUGAGAGGUCGCUUUGGGCCGCUCCGGAGAACCAACUCCGAUCACAUCCCCAACGGGGGGAACCUGCACUUGCAAAGGAAAAUGAGCGACCCCCACGUCAGCCGGGGCACCUACGUCAGCCCCCUGGGGAGCCUGCAGUCGCCGCCAAACUUGCGCUUGGAGGACGGGGUCCAGAGGCGGGACGAUGUUACCGAGGUGAUUAGGUGUGUGCUGGAAAAGGGCAAUAGCCCGCGCGCUGUCCUGGAUGGAAAGGGAGCGGUCGCCAGCAAGGCCGGGCAGGGUCAGCCUUUCCACCACUACGUAUCCAGGAACUCAGCAUGCCCAGGACAAGGCAAAGGGGGCAUCCAUGCCCCGAGACACGAGAAAAACCCAGGGCUCAGCAAAUACAAGGCGGACGGAACCAGUGCUAAAAAACCCAUCGUAGCCACCAGCUCCCCACCAUACUGGCAAAGCAAAGGUUUCAGUUCCAUCAGGAACAUGCAGCCCGGCCAAGGCCUCCACAGAGCAACCGGCAAGCCCUUGUCCUCCCUCCCAGAAAGCCAGAGGACAGCGGACGAAGUGAGGACGCCACUCGGCAUCCCGCUCACCAAACUCUCACAGUCCAAGCACCUCAAGACCAGGGCAGGCGGGGGCCAGCAGGUUUCCACCGACUCCAAACGGAGGCUUCCUGGGGCCACCAGCCGCAAGGACCAGUAGGCACCGAAGCAGGUGGACUGCAAGUAUUCAGAGGCCAUAGAGCGGGGAGAUGCAAUUCCAUGAGGGAGGGGGAAUAUGUUUACAUUUACCUGGUCGGUGCACCAGUACCA